GGUGAAGAUUAUAAAAAUCAGCUUGAGCUGUGGAUAUCUGGAACAAAUAAAAUUCCAAGUUGGAUCUCGAGUACAAAGAAGACCAUAGACUUUGCGGUCAAAUUAUCGCAAACAAGUUUGAGAGAUUUUUUAAAAGAAGGACUUGACAAAC